GUCCUAGACAGCUUCAGUCCUGAAGUGAAAACAUUUAAGUGGCACCAAGUCAUAUCUGUUUGGACAGGAAACAGUCCACACCGAGAUAACUGGAAAUUCUGGGCCUUUAACACCAAAGGCCGGACAGGCGUGGAGAGAUAAGACGGACAAGCAAAUAACUCAACACAGCUAAGUAGGUGAAGUCAGUGAGCUGGACUGGGCUGAGGGGGAAGAGUCUGGCAAAAAGGCAGGGGUUCAAAGACUUGCACACACCCUCCAAGUGCUCAGAGCCUCCACACUGGACAGCAUACACCCUCAUUCAUCCACACUCACAUGGACACUGGACUGACAACCUCUUUCCCUUGGAAAAUGUUCUUUUGGGAACUGUGUUUGGUUCUGCUUCUCCGUGGUUCCCAAGUGAGGGCUAUACCGUCCACCAACAUCAAGAUCACACAAGCUUUGCCCCUGCAGUUGCCAGAUGCCACCCAGCCUAUCACCUGCCCCCUGUUCUGGACCGAGUUCGAGGGGAACUGCUACCGCUUCUUCCCUCUCAAUCGCACAUGGGCGGAGGCAGACCUGUACUGUGCAGAGUUCUCCAAUGGCCACAGGUCCGCCAAGCUCACCUCCAUACACAGCUGGGAGGAGAAUGUGUUUGUGUAUGACCUGGUGAACAGCCGUAUCCCCGGCAUCCCCACGGACAUCUGGAUUGGCCUUCAUGACAGGCGACAGGAGGGCACCCUAGAGUGGACCGAUGGUUCUUCCUAUGAGUACAGCUACUGGGAUGGGAACCAACCGGAUGAUGGGAUCCACCGGAUCCCAGAGGAGGAGGACUGUGUGGAGAUCUGGUACAGACAAAACAGUGCUCUGAGGUCCUGGAAUGACAACAGCUGUGACAAGGCCUUUCCCUUCGUGUGCAAGAUCCCUACACUGGAUAACUAGACUUCCAGCUGCCUCCGGCUCUCCUUCCGCCUCCCUUCAUUCAGCUUCCUCCGAGUGAGUGAGGCCAAAACUCUCCGCCCUCCACAAGGAACCCUGCUGUCUGUCUAAGACCUCCCAUCCCACCACAGCUCCUCGCUGGGACCUCAACAGGACCUCUUUUCUCUUCCUUUCAUUUUUCCUAAACCUCCACGCUCCUCCUUUUUAUUUACUGCCUUCACCUCUCUGGCCCUCUCUGUCAGCACAGCAGCUCCUCCACCUCUCCGCUUCUUUCACGGCUAAUCACUGCUCUGGGCUUCUAUCACUCCUCUCACCCCUCUAUGACCACUCAGUUUUUUCCAUCUCCACUUC